AUGAUCAACCUGGAAGAUUUGGUCUUGGAUGUUUCCCUUCUAUCCACGGUUCAUCCUCCUCAGAAGAAGAAAGUUACGCCUUCUAUGUCUAAAAAUGUCAAGACUUAUGGUAAGUCUUCUGAACCUAUAAUCCCUAUUAAAGAUAAGACUGUUGUUGAAGAAGAAUCUAGGUCUAAAGGGUCUGAAAUAAGAAACCCUAAUGUUCAAACAUCUUUGGCAAAAGAAUCUAGCCCUGAUAAUGAUUCUAGUGAAAAAUAUGAGGAAAGCGUACCUGAACAUGUUGCUCGUGAGAGAAGAACCAAGAGAUUACAGAGGCGUAAGGGAAAGGCAGUGGUGCUUGAAGAUUCUCCCUCCAGGGAAGUGAAGAGAAAAUCAGGUGGUUUGAAAGGUACUCCUUCUAGAAGCUCCAUCAGAAAAUAUCCUAUUGGGCCUACUAGAUCAUGGAGUAAAGUUGUUAUCCCUACUAGAAAUAGGAAAGCUGUCUAUUCUAGUGAAUCUGAGUUUGAUGUCGAAAAAGAUGUCCAGGACAUCACGCUUGUAAAAAGAUAUGCUAACAAGAAGCCUCAUGCUGCUACGCCUAAGGCUCCACUGGACAAUGCUUCUUUACAUUAUGUGAAGGAUGCUGAAAGGUGGAAGUAUGUUAUUCAGAGGAGGGUAGCCCUGGAAAUGGAAUUGGGUAAGGAUGCCCUUAAGUGUAAGGAGGUCGUAGAACUUACAGAAGUUGCUGGGUUGAUGAAGACUGUCACACAAUUUGGCCCUUGCUAUGAAAGCUUAGCCAAGGAGUUUGUGGUGACUAUUCCUGAUGGAUGUGAUGAUGCAAAGAGUGCUGACUAUGAAAAGGUGUAUGUGAGAGGAAAUGUUGUAACAUUAUCUCCAGCUGUGAUCAAUAAAUUUCUAGGAAGAACAGAAGUACCUCAGGUUGAGCUAGAGGUUACUAAUAAUCAGGUGUGCAAAGAGAUCAUGGCCAAGCAGGUUAGACAUUGGCCAAUCAAAGGGAAGCUGUCUGCUGGAAAGUUGAGUGUUAAAUAUGCCAUCCUUCAUAGGAUUGGGACUGCCAACUGGAUUCCCACUUAUCACACCUCGACCAUCUUUACUAGUCUUGGGAAAUUCAUUUAUGCUGUUGGAACAAGAAUAGCAUUUGACUUUGGAAAAUACAUCUUUGAACAAGUUUUGAAACAAGCAUUCUCUACUGCUGUAAAAAUGCCCAUAUGCUUUCAAUCCCUCAUUUGUGGAAUCAUCCUAAGCCAACAUCCUGGUAUUUUGCUGCCCAUUGAUAGUGUGAAGAAAAAGGAUUCUCCCUUAUCACUCCAUUACAAACUCUUUGCUGGAACACAUGUCCCAGAUAUUGUCUUAACAUAUUCUCAGCUGAAGGAAACUUGUAAAGAGCUGGAGGAUUCCAUCGGAUAUAACAAUGCAGCAAAGAUCAAACUUGAGAUAUUGAUGAAGGCUAUAAUGGAAGAAGAGAAGAAGGAAGUUGUACAGGAUGGUGAUGACAAUGAAGGAACUGAUGAUGACGACUAUGCUGGUGAGGAUGAUGCUGAUGAAGAGAAAGAAGAUAAAGGAGAAGAGUAUGCAAUAGCUGACUCAGAUAGUCAGGAAGAUAUCUGA